CAGAAAAUCUCCUCACUACACCUCCAAAGUGGUCAAGAAAGACCAACGCGGGCAAGCGUGGGAAGAGUGGAUCUCCUGAGAUCAGUCGGGUUGAUGUAGGAGAGGAAAGUACUCUCCACCGAAGUCCUGCUCUCCUACACACACCAGAACUAGAUCGUGGUGGCUCCUCCUCAGGGGCAACACCCAUCUUCAGCAACUACAUUGAACAUGAUUAUACUAGUAGAAUAAAUACAACAACAAGAACUGAUUAUAGAAGUGGUGCUAGAAGUACUAGUUAUACACCCAGAGGAUCACAAGUGGGACCCCCCAGAGGGACCACAGGAGGCAGUAGAGAUGAAGAUGAGGGGGAGGCAUCGUUUUUGGCUACUACUGCGGAAGAAAAUGAGCCAAGAAGUAGUAGCCCUGCAAUUAUGGCGACAAUAAUCAUUUUCAAGACAGCACGAAUAAACGUCGUAUUAAUGCUCUGGGCUCUCCCGGUCUAAUAUAGGUUGUGGCCCCCUCGAGGCACAUCAGGAAGUCUACAGUGUCUACGGUGUCUACAUCUUCUAAUGUCAAUCUUCUUGCGAAGAUCAUACUGGAUGUGCAAAAAAAGGCUCGAGACAAGAUGCAGGAGAUUGACGAUGACGGUGGCCAGAGCAAUGCCCCCGGGGAAAUUGAAUCAACCCGGGUGGCAGAUCAAAGCGCCGUCCCUCUGGACCUGGAAGACAUGAUACCGGAAGACGAAGAGGACCAAAAACGAGAAAUCCUCAAAAAAAUCGAGCACAUUUUAUGACAAAUGAAUAGUACUCCAACUUUUUUUAGUAAUUUAUUGCGUUGUAGUCUCAAGAGGAGCCUUUCGCACCAAUGAUGCGGAGGUUUUCUAUUUCCUCAUCUUGUUCUACUAUAUAAUAUAAUUUAAGAACCGAAACUUUAUUACUAGUAUAAGUGCCUUCACCUUCUAAGCAGCCGCGCAUACAGCGAGGAUAGAGAUGAUGAAGAAAGCCAACCCCCGCCACCGCCGGAUGAUGAUAAAGACAGUACUACAAUUACUCAUCUUGUCGUUGUGAUAGACAUAGAUAUUCGUCAUGAGUUUUCUAUUUCAAAUCAUGACAACAGUUCUACUCUGCUUUUUCCGCUUCCAUGAGGAAACCCAAAACCAGUAAACCUCUGCAGGCUGGCGCUUUUAAUUUGACAAUCUCCACCAGAAAGAAGAAAUCAUGAAAGUUUCACACGCAACACGAUAACAGUAGAUAAAAAAAUCUAAUUUCGCCUAUGAAUAAUGUGAUUAUUAUAGUAGAAGUAGAUAGAAGUUGUACUGUUCCCGCCAAUCUUGGGGUAAAGAUAUAACCCAGCACGACCUACCACAUCCACCAGACUGGCCUCUUGCUAAAGAAUGGGCGAAGUAUUUUCCAUACGAUUCUCUUAUCGCCGAGGAGAUGUGGAGCUUGCUCUCCCCUUGCGAUACUCUUGUCGCGCAAUUGCGAACCUUUCAGAAAUGGUCCACAGGUAUUCGAUAUCUAUUAAGCCCUUAUUUUGACGAAGUAGCUUUAUGUUUAUGUACAUGGGCGGGUGUAGGUCUUGCGUUGGCGCCUCGUUCGUUGUUUUUGGGUUGUGUUUGAUCGUCGUGGCCUUGUGUCUGUGCUUUCUCCUCCAAUGUAAAUGGGAUAGAGGAAUUGAAGACGAUCUUGAGUUACUCAUCUAGAAAGGAAUGGCAGUAGCGGCUGCGCCUCCUGCGUAUGAGCGAACAAAUUACAAAAGGCUUCAAAGCGCAACCUGUUUCGUUCGAAAAAAUUCCUACAGCGUUCGAACUUUUUCGAACGGGUUCGGAAGAUUUGCGAAUAAUUCGAAACUGGAAGUCUCAAACGAUCGCCAUCUUCGAAAAAAGAGCGCGACUUUUUUGCAAAAAUAGCCAUAUAUUUUCGAAUAUGGCGACUUUUUCCAAAUUCUUGGCAAUCAUUCGAAAAUAUUCGCCAGCUCGUUCGAAUAUAUUGCCCAACUCGUUCGAAAAUAUUUCCGAACGCUGUAGGAAUUUUUUCGAACGAAACAGGCUGCGCUUUGACGGCCUUUGUAAUUUGUCCGUUCAUACUCCUGCGGCAUCUCAACUAAUAGCUUAUCAGAAAACACCCUGCGAGGCCGUACGCGUUGCCCGGGGCGCAUCAAUACAAACAGGCUACGCGCAUGCCUAUCAACUAAAGACAGAUAAAAUGUAGAAAACCAACUUCACCAAAAGGAAACAAGUCGGGACAUGGAAACAAUUCUUAGUCUCUCGUCGAAGAAGUAGCUGUACAGGCACGCCAGGUGUGUUAGCGGACAUCCACCAUCAAGGAAACGGGAGCUAUCCGUUUAUGAGAUGCAAUCUUCAUACUUUUUCAUCAUCUUGGCGAAGACGGCAUCACCUUUUUUUGAAAAUAACAACAGGCAACAAAGGUGUGGCUGCGAGCACAGACUCAGCUACGCCUCCAACGGACCAGAGCGAAGACGUCAGUCCGUUUUUUAGAUUGUGGGCCGUGUAGGGAAUUCAUCUCCAAAGUCAUCUGGAAGAAAGAAACAAGAGGAAAAAGGGACCCAGAUGAUCCCUGAGAUGAAUUCGUGGCGCAGCCUCUAACUUAAGGCCUAGAAGCUGCUCGCCUAGCAAUCGAAAAAGCUGCGGAGGAAAGCCAAAGUGCAAAUAAACUACUCGAAGGCAUGUCGGAAAGACUCAAAAACUUAAGAGACAUGCUAUCGCAGGCCUAGAAUCUAGUCCGUCAUCUCAUUCAGGCACCGUUCUCAGUUAGUUGUGAAUAAAAGUGGGUAUCAACUACAUCACGACGACCAAGAAUGCCACCAUUCGCAUUGCUCUAAGAUUGGGAGCAAGGCUGAAGAAAGCGGAGAUGGGAGAGAAAGCUGCCCUCUUGGCACGGCGCCAAGAACUGGAGAUCCUGAAAAAAAAGGGAGCAGACCUUACUACAGAGAUCGCUGGCCAGGUUGUACUUAUGGCAUCAUCAACACAUCAAAAACUUAGCCGAAUUCUUGACUUAUUAUAUUAGCUAGCGUCGAGAUGAAUUCUAAGGGCGUAUCUAUGGGAGUAGUAGUAUACAGAGCUCACACCUCUGUAGCUGCGAAUAGUCCCACCCUAAUGCUGUUUCCACUGGGGAAACACGGGCCCACUGAAGUCUAGGGUCGCGCUCAGGUUGUAGACCAGCCGCGCAACCUUCUGGGAGAAUAGGCGAAGGGCUUCGGCGUCAGCUACCCAGCUGGGGCGAGUUGUCUCGCAGCUGCUAGGCAGGAACUAGACAGGGGCACGCCUGGCGGCAUCGCUAGCGCUUGGGCUUGGGUGUCGCUGGAGCAGGUUCAGAGGUGUUCCCGCGUAAGAAAACCCAGGGCAGGCGUGCUACUGCCUCGGGGAGGAGGUAGCUGAGCAAAAGCAGUAGGGGCUUUUGCGGUAGAGUCGAGAGACUGGGCCUUGCUCUUGCCACGAAUAUAGUGGCGUGGCCACCCUGGUGGUGAGUUAUUCAGGGGGCUGUCAUGGAGUGAGGUGAGAGUGAGGGCAGUGAAGCUUGCUAAGCUUGCUUGCCUCUUGGCUCGGCUAGGUGCUCCGAUCCGAGCAGCUGUUGCUAUCGGUGAGGAAUUGGCCAGGUGUGUCAUUGCCUGAGGAGCAUGGCGGAGGCUAUGCGGGGUAAGCUAUAUAUAUGUGACUCCACCAAGCAGCACAAUUUUGAGGAGGGCGCUGACGCCUCAUCGCCCGCGCAGGAGGGGCAGCGAGGACCUGGCCAGAGGUGUCCAACGGGUCCCAUGUUGUGUCUGGCUGGGUUGUGAGGAGCGAGGGAAGCCCCCCCGCCCAUCUUAGGAGCUUGCGAAAGUGGUCCCAUCUUGGCUGGGCCGACUUUGGUAGGAUGGUCUUGCUGUUAUGUUGUCGGGACCGCGGUCAGGCUGUUCUUGGCUGCGGAGCUGUGUCCAAAUCUUGUUGCCACCGUGACCAAUGCGCGGGGCGCGUGUAUCUGGACUGGACUAAGCUAGUGGCGUUUCUUCGGAGUUUCUUGGUGAGGCUAUUUGCCAGUGUGAGUCUGGUAGAGAAUGCAUAUUCCGCCAAGCGUGACCGUUUACAUUUUGCUGAUCUUCGACUUCUCUGCAAAAACAAAUAUCAGCAAAGGCUUUGCUCUAAUAACAAAGUGAAUGGUUUGAAAAGUCAAAAGGAAUAUGCAAUAGGGCAGAUGGAUGCUCUCGUGGCGGGAUUGAAAGAAGCAGGUAGCGUUCUAAUAUAGAAAUGUUGAAGAUUAUUUGCUUACUGGAGUACAUGAUCAAAAAACGUUCACGUUGAUGAUUGACUUGUUACUGGUGGAGUACAACAAACGUAGUUGAUUUACUUACUCUAGUACUAGAGCUAGUUCUUGUAGAUGCUCGCGUAAUGUUACAAAUGUUGACUUACUUACUCUACCACAGCUAGUAAGUAGUUGUAGAAGAUGAAGAAGUACCAUGCCGCAGCUAGCAAGUACCCCUAAAGAUUAUAAGCAAGUACCUCUAAAGAUUUUAAGUUGUAGUGCUACAAAUGAUGUUGAAGAAGAUUCUCCUUGGUCUCCUUUGUCAUUCAUCUACAGCGAGUUGCCGCCCUAGUAGUAAUUGAGUUUUACUAGUAGCUAUUUAAUAGAACUACUUACUUCUACAGUUUUAUGAGAAGUAGGAGUAGCUUUAUUGAGUUUCGCCCCUCACCGUCUAAUUUGUUCGCCUCCUUGUAAGUAGUCACGUGAGUGAUUCUUUGCGUUUCUAACAACACGAGCAGAAGAUGUGAGUUUUUAUUCCCUUCAUGUAUUGUGUAUUUAUUCUUCUAUAUCGUUUCACCAGCUGACGGAAUUGCGCUGGCUCCGGUAUUCCGAGCUUGUCAAAAGAUGGAAAAAGGCGUUAUCGUUGCUUAGGGCUCGACAUCUUCUUCAAUAGAAGGUUCGUUUGUUCUCGAAAUUAAAACAGAGGGUCGGUAGUAGAAAUGUGUUGCUAAAUAGGACAUCAUGACGAUGAUAAUAGAAAAGAAGUAUAAGAGAGUGCUGUCUGGCCAGUUUUCAACUCAGUCCACUUCAUCCAUAUCUCAACUCCUUGAUAAUUGAAGUAAUGAUCUUGGGGGUGGGGGUGCUCUCAUUGAUUCACGAUCCACCUGAGCAGGUACAACUAGCAUUAAGGCCUUUUCUUCUAAUUCGACAUAGAAGCCGCGAUAGCAAAAGCAGAGGAGGCGCGUAAAGAGGUUCAGCUGGUGGCUGCUGCUCCUGGUCUACUAUCGGCUAGUGUUGCGCUCACACGAAACAACAACGAGAAGAAGACAGAGCUGCGCAACUUAUGCUAUCGCGCAAAAGUCUCUGAUCUUGAAACUAAGUAGUAGUUUCAUCCACCAUCUCCUUUUAAUGAGAGGCCCUAAACAAUUAAAAAAAGGGGACGAUGAAUGAAACUAGAGGAGUCCAAUAGCGGAGCAACACUGUCCGACACUCUCGGCAGAUCUUCCCUUCUUCUUUGUCUUUCGUUCCUCUUCCUCGUCCUUCGCUCUCAUUAGUAUCACCCCCGUGCGCUUUCACGUUACUCCCAGCACCACGAGCGGUCUCCCCCGCGAGAUAGUUCUUUCUUUCUGCCUCCUACCCGGGGCGCGCGACCUCUCGAGGAUAAUGCCUUGGGGAGUUCAUGCAUCGUCUCCUUUUGUUUUCAAGGAGAUGGCGCGCAAAAUCAUACAGCAUGACCAUUUCCUCUUGAGCUGUUUCUUAAGCUUAUAACAUACAUCAUCAGCUUAAGCUUUCCUUUUUCUUAAGCUUAACAUCCAUCAUCAUCAUCUCCUUAACACGUAAAUGCUUUCAUAUAUCGUCAGCUCCUAUCGAUCCUAAACAAAAGGCGACGCAUCCUAAUCUAUCGAUCCUAAACAAGUUGUAAGUAUGAUUUUUUUAGUGAUGUUCGUUGAUAAGUGUACAGGUCAACUGUAUGGCUCUGGUAUUGGGCAACCUAAAUUCGAUCGCAAGGAUUCCCUUCUUGUUUUUCUCAUGAUCGAAAUCAGGUUACCAAAUACCAGCACCAUUCAACAACACGUAAACCAAUAAGCCAAUAAUAUAUAUAGUAACACUCUACUUCUACUAGAUCUAGCUCUAGGAGCGUGCAGCCCUAAGAGCCUUUUUGCUGAAGUGCCAAACUGUUACCACCUCAAGUUCUUGGCCAUAACACUACUAUAUUGAUACUAACGGACGAAGACGAACGGCAUUCAUAGACUUCAGGUGGUGGAGCACGGCAUUGAUAGACCUCAAGGCCUUUCGCUUCCCUCGGUCGGUCCAACAUCCUCUCAACAUUUCUCCCAAGUACCAAAUUGAAAGCUCAAGAAGUAGAAAGAUGAAAAGAACUGCAACCCUUCAAGAAGGAAGCAAAUCACUCAAAUCAGAGGGGAACGCACUUCUUUCUAAUCACCCGCAUCAAAGACGAAUGCGACGACAAGGCUGAAAAGGUCAAGCAGGAGACCGAGAAGAAAAGGGCGGGCCUGGCUGAAUUGCUUGCAAACUCGGCGGCAUUGACGAGGAGCCAAAAUGAACUGCAAUUAAGGCAUCAGUGAUCCGCUAUUUUGGUACUUGGUAGUCCAACUCUAUAGAAAGAGGCCACGGCCGCUAGAUUAGAUGCAUACAAAGAGGCCUCCAACUCCAAGUACGUAGAUGGGUGCUCAUAUUGAGCGUCCUAGUCUGUUGAUAAAAUGUAUUAUUUUGCCAAAAGUCAGAUGGGCGACUUAUUGAGCAGGACUAUGUUGGAAGUAAAUGAAAGUAAUUGAUGGGCUGGGGUUUCUUGAAUCUUUGUAAUGCUGAUCAUGAGUGCUGGCUGACUUCUAUCUAUUAUUCUGCUUCCUUCUCCUUGCCAGUAGCUGAGAGUAGCUACCUAAGACGUAUAAAGAUGAAGAUCUUCAAUUCUGAGACUGAGACUCUCUCGCGCAAGCUCUUCUCUUGAUCGCUAGACUUCUAAUAGUAAUGAUACCUAAUCAGAACAGGAUCUUCUUCAUGGCGGUACUUCUCGCACUAAGUAAGUUGAUGCACUUGGGACUAAUCUAGCCUGAUCGCGACUGGAUGACACCAGCUAUAUUUUGACUUCGUCAGCGAGUACUUCAAGUACUACGACAGAAGAGGAAACAGUCACAGACUUUCUUGAGUUAUAAGUAUAAAUAUUAGUAUCUAAGCCGACCUAAAUUAUUUAUAUUAGUCAUUUUCCUAGUUAGCUUGGCUCCACCCGUAUAUUAGUUAUUGUUGGUCAUGUAUGGUCCAAGCCUCUCGGAUGUCGUGUUGUUCUGUUCUCAGUGGCUCACACAAAGCCUCGUGCUCGACUGUCAUCGGGAUGAUCUCACAAGACAUGAGUGUCAACGAUCAUGGAUGCUACUUCCAAUGCACAUUCAGUGCGCAGUCAAAGCAUAAGCAUAAUGAUCAAUGCGUAGACUAGGUACGGCUGUACUGAUCCUAGCCGUAUGAUGCAUGUUCAGUCCGAUCCCUUCUGACAUGCUUAUGCUGAUGAUGUAUGAUUCAUCUUACCCAAUGAACCAAACAGGGACUACACCAGCCAGAAAUCGCAAGUCUCAGGCAGGAGUAUCAAGAUUUGCUUGCGUUCAAGAUUCUGACUCUGUGUCUCCACUGAGAAACGAACCAAGGCACGGAGGCCUGUGUUCUUGUGGUCCAGCACUGGUCUAACCCUUGAGCGGCAAAAGUAAAUAAGUUUGGAAGUAGUGCAGUAAAAUAAAAAUAAAUCCAUCAAAACGUCCUGCGAGGCCAAGGAGAUCCUCAAGAAGUUGGGACAGAAGUCCGACUGGCGCGAGUGGCAACGAGCCGUACGUCAAGAAGCUAGUCGCCUAGGCUUACUUGAGAACUACACGAAUGUAGUCAACGUGCCGGCUGUUCCACAUGGUGCGCCGCAAGGUAAUACCAGUCGCGAAGAAGCGAUCCGCCAGAAGUGGCGCAACCUGAAAGACGUAAUCAUGCGAAGUCUGAAAGGUGCGGCCAAGUCGUUCGUCGACAAUCGGAAUAACGAUGGCGCGGUGGACGAAAUGGAUGCUGGUGAAGUUGUUGCUCUACUUCGUGAUCAAGGGAACUUCAACGCAAACAAUCGCCAGGAGCAGCGCAUGAAGGUCAAGCCGUUGUCGGAGGGACUGACGAAGUUCCACAACAGCGACCAGCCUGCAGAUGUCAAGGGGUUCCUCUCGAAGAUCCGCGACAUCAUGAACCAAUCGCCCACCGUCUUCCCGCCGGAUGCAGAUCUGCCCGGAGCUGAUCAACAGAGCGGAGCGAUCCUGCUGAAGUUGCCUGAGUUGUUCUGCAAGAACUUCAAAGCGACUAUCGAGCGGAUCGAUGCAAGAAGAAGAUGCAUGGCCUGGCAUUUGACCAAAUUGGAGACCGACUGGAGAAACGUCUCACGACGUUGAUCGAGGAGGGAACCUACAAAAUUGAGAACGACUCCUUCGGGAAAGCGUUUCCGGUCAAUGUUCAGGAAACCUCGAACAAGCGUCCUCGUGAUGAUAAGAAUGAGGAUGGUGACGAGGUAGAGGCCAAUAAGGCAGAUGGUAAGACCUUCAUUUCCGCUAACGCCCUCAAGCGUUUCAAGCAGAAAGAAAAGAAGAAGGCAAUCGCCGAGGUCUACAACUCCUACGGGUACCAACCCAAAGGAGGAAAGAACGGCGGACAAAAGCCGAAGAAACAUAAAGGAAAAGGAAAUAAUAAGAAUACCUAUCCACCCCGCUGUGAUUGCUGUCACAAGGUCGGACACAAGUCCUCCGAGUGCUGGCAUAACACGCAAGCCCUUCAACAGGGACAGGGAAGUUGGACUACCGGGGCCUCAUCUAGUAGCUCUAGAGGCAAAGGCGGAAAGGGUAAUAGCAGUGGCAUGAUCCACAUGUCGCAGGUUGCGGAGAUGCUCAACGUCAUGAACCCGCAUAACCGAAGCUGAGCGACGGAACCGUACGAAUUUGGGGAGUGUUCGCUGAAUUUCGAAGAAGAUGAAAUAAUGACAAAUGUUGUUAAUUAUGCUGAUAGCUACAAUACAGAUGGGUAUAGUUUCACAACAUUGAACACUAGAACAUCAGAAGAAGCAACUCUAGUUGACAGCUGUGCUAACAAAUAUCUAUCACGACACAAAGAUGAUUUCGAAGAAAUUGGUAACAACAUUUGUAGAAUAACAGGUAGCGCAGGCACUAAAGACGGAAGAAUCGGAAAACUCAAGAGCAAUGUAUACGGCUGUGCUGAUCCUAGCCGUAUGAUGCAUGUUCAGUCUGAUCCCUUCUGACAUGCUUAUGCUGAUGAUGUAUGAUUCAUCUUACCCAAUGAACCAAACAGGGAUUACACCAGCCAGAGAUCGCAAGUCUCAGGCAGGAGUAUCAAGAUUUGCUUGCAUUCAAGAUUCUGACUCUGUGUUUCCACUGAGAAACGAACCAAGGCGCGGAGGCCUUUGUUCUUGUGGUCCAACAGUUAUACAUAGAAAAAAGAUAUAUAUUAGUUAUAUAUAGACCCCCCGGGCCGGGGUGCUCCGGGAGACGUUGAAGAAGGGGGGCGAGCUGCUUCAUUGGCGUCGGCUUGCGUGAGUGGUGUCACGAGGUGAACAAGCGCCCGAAGGGCGCGCACUCCCCUCCGUCCCGCGGUAGGCGGAAGCAAGAGGCCCCAAAGAUGUGGCGAAAGAAAUGGGGCCCCGUUUUCAAGAUGGUAGCAAGCGCCGGCGGGCAGUUAAAGGCGCAAGACCAUGGGCGCCAUUUUCAGCACGCUGGCCGCCAUGGGUGGCGUGGGUCCGUGUGUUUCCGUCCUCUUUUUUCUCUUUUCUGUUCGUGGCACUGUGCCCGACUUUUGGCGAACAAAGGGGCGAAGCAACCCAGCAAGAGACAGCGGGAAAGCCCGGGGAGGGUGGGGCCCCAAAGACUCCGCGAAGGGAGUGGGGGCCAGUCCCCCGGGCCCAGCGGCGCGCGCGUCUCUACCCCCGUCGCGAUUGUUUCGGGGCUCUAUUCGUCUCAUUGCGCCACCUGCUCGCAAGGGGUUCCGCGCAUUGGACAGCGGCGCGCGCAUCUCGACCCCCGUCGCGACCGCUCCCUUCGUUCUUGUAUUCCACUACGCUACCCGCCCGCAGCCGAGGGGCCUCGCGUGCCAGGGUUCUGCAGCGGCGCGCGCGUCUCUACCCCCGUCGCGAUUUUUUCGGGCUUGCUUCUAUUCCAUUGCGCCAGCCCACCCGCUCGCGAGGGGUUCUGACCGCGCAGGGUUUGGCGCCGCGCGCGUCUCUACCCCGCCCGCUGUGACUUUUUCGGGCUUCUAUUCCACUGCGCCACCCGUUCACAGCCUGCCAAGGGGCUCCGCGCGCCAGGUUUCAGCGGCGCGCGCUCCUCUGCCGCUGUCUUCGUGGUUGUUUCGGGCUUUCAAUUUCAUUCCACUGCGCCACCCGUUCGCAAGGGGUUCCGCGUGCUGGGGCUCAGCGGCGCGCGCUCCUCUGCUGCUGUGGUCGUGUGUGGCUGUUUGGCUCGAGCUCUCAUUCCAUUGCGCCACCCUUUCGCAAGGGGUUCCGGGCGCCAAGGCACAGCGCCACGCGCGUCGCGAACCCUGUCGUGGCUCCUUCGGGCCUCGUCUGUUCCAUUGUGCCACCCGCUCGCAAAGGGUUCCGCGCGCCACCUCAGUGGCGUGCGCUGUUGUUGUGGCUGGGGUUUUCUGUUGCGUGCUCUCUGUUUUUUUCUGUCUUUUGGUGUAGUUGUUUUCUUUCUGUCGCCUUUUGCUGUUUUUUGUCGUUCUUUUUCUGGUGUUGUUUUCUUCUGUGUCUUCUUGUUGCGUCUUGUCGUCUGCUGUUGCAUCUUGUCGCCUUCUGUUGCCUUCAUUCUGUCGUCUGCUUCUGCUGUCUCUUGUUGUUUUCUGCUGUGUCUUUCUGUCCCUCUUUGUUUAUCGCUUUUAUGAAGGCCUUUCGCCUAUGACAUCGCCGCGGGCUUUGUCACCCGAUCGCCCCCUACAUUGGAAGGCCGUGGGAGUUGUGGCCUUUCCACUUGUGACUAGUCUCAGGCCUGGUCGCUGUGACUAGUCGAAAAGCUGCUGCGACUAGUCGCAGAGUUACUGCUUGCGACUAGCCUCAUUCUGACUGCGCUGACUGGUUUCAGCCUUACUGUGACUAGGUAGGUUCAAACUUACUGCGACGGGCUUCGGGAUUACGGUGGCUAGCCUCUUAUUUAACCACUGCGACCAUUAUCGAACUCAUUGGGAGGAGCCUCAGCAAACUUACUGCGACUAGCCUCAGACUUAUUGCAAUUAGCCUCGCGCCCGCUGUGACCGGUUUAGGGCUUGCUGUGGCUGGUCUCUGACUGAGUUCGUCGGGCUGAUCGAAUCUGAAUACCGCCAGAAGCUGCCGCUUGUGUAUUCUGAAGAUUGUGUUAGGAUUCAAACAGCGCGACAACCUCAGUCAGGGGCCAGGCGUAACAGGUUUGUGACUAGUCACAGUGGGCGUGAGGCUAGUCGCAGUAGGUUUGAGACUAGUCACAGCGGGCCUCAGGCUAGUCGCAGCGCGUAGGCCUGGGGCUCGACGCAGUAGGCCUGAGGCUAGUCACAGUGCGCCUGAGGCUGGUCGCAGCAAUUCUGAGACUAGUCACAGGAAUUUUGAGACUAGUCGCAGCAAUUUUGGAGCUAGUCGCAGUAGGUGCGAAGCUAGUCGCCUCGCAGUGGGUUUGAGGCUAGUCGCAGUCACUGCGUGCUAGAACUCGGACGCCACUCGCCACAGCUUCCACGGCUUAGGCGUAAUAAAGUCAAGCACUUGCGUAGGUGUUUGGUCUCUCGAGUGCUUUGCUUUGCUGUAUCUUGCUGAUUCUUGUCGGGCUUCGCGUGCCCGGGUUCUGCGUUGACUGAGUGACGGCAAAAACCUGCAGCGCCGUUCGAAGCUUGUGGCGCCGCUUUCUGCUACUUGUGUCUGUUUGUUUUCUGCCUGUCUUGCUGUAUCUUGCUGACUUCUUUUGGGCUUCGCGUGCCAGGGUUGUGCGCUGGCUGAGCGAGGGCUAAAACCUGCAGCGCCUUUCGGAGCUUGUGGCGCCUUGUUCGUAGAAAGAUGGUCGGUGUCUUGCUCGUGGUGUCUUGCUCGUGUUGUUUUCUUUCGUUCGUUGUUCUUGUCGUGCAUUUUUCCAGCUGAUAGCGCCCUGCAGGUUCUCUGGCAAUGUUCGUACAAGAGGGGCCUCGAGGUCCUCUAGCCUUCUUCGUGGUGUCUUCUUCGUCGUUCUUGUUGUGUGCUUUUCCCAACUGGUGGCGCCUUCCAGGUUCUCGAAUGUUCAAACGCAAGGGGCCUCAGACGUCUUUUCGUUUUUUCACAUGAAAGGGGCCUCAGAGGUCGCCUAGUGUUCGCCUUAGGGGUCUUUCAGUGUUCACACUAGAGGCGCCUUAGUGGUCUUUUAGUGUUCACAUUAAAGGGGGGAAGGGGGGCCAUUAAGCAUUCGCGUUGAAUGUUUCUUAGAGGUCCAUUAGUGUUCUUGUUCGCAUUAAAUUUAAAGGGGAAGAGUGUCUGGGGGUUUUUAAUGGUAUUCAAAUAGCGGACAUCUAUGAUAAAGCAGAGCAGUCUGAGUGCUGCUGAAGAACGCUAAUCCAAGCACACCUUGACGCCAACUACGGACGGGUCCGGGUGCUAAAAAUAGAUAUUGAUGCAAAAGAGGCUGAGUUGGAGCGUCUAAGCGACGAACUCGAGGCAAAGAAUACCAAAUACUACAGUACACGAAAGGCAAUUGCCGAGCAAGACCCAGUAGAGGCUCACCCUACAGCCCCGGCAACGCCUGCUGCCUCUUUUCUUUAAGGCUUCAUCUGCUGAUACUUAAUUCGUUAUUUUGACAAUAACAAUUGCAAUUCAUUUACUACAUUCAUCUUCUACCAAUGCUCUAAUAUUUACUAGUGUCGUGAUGUAGUUGACGAAAACAGCUACUUGAUAAAGAAUAUAAAGAAGAGCGAAGAUUGAUAGAUCACUGCCCUUUUUUGUGCAAUAGGGUUUUUGAUUAUCUAAGGCUGACGCGAUUAGUUAGUCUCAGAUUACGUAGAUUCUUCAGUUUGGAGAAGCUUGACUCCUGACGUGCCACUAGUCCACACGCCCGUCUCACUAACCUUCUGCGUGCCACUUUUUUUUGGCAUUAUUUAUGGAGGCAGACAGGUGUUGAGCGCUAAUUAAAGCAAGACGGACGCGGUGUGGAUGAGGGAACCGGAGGCCCGCUCGUGCAUUAUAAUACCACCCGGACUGGGGCAUACGAGCAGAAAGCUGAGGGUCUAGAACUAGAAGUACCCGGCGAUCACUUUUAAGGGGAGAUCUACAAGUUGUACUCAAAUGUAGAAGAUCUUCAACUUUUAUCUUUUAUUAUAACUGAAAAAACUCCUCGCUAGUAUCUGAUAUGUGUUACCCCCUUUAAUUCUGACAACAUUAUCAUAAUGUUGAUGUUACCCCCACCUUUAUGACAACAUAGAUAUGACUACUCGUAUUUGAUCAAUCAUGUGUGUGUGGGUGUGGUAGCGCUCUGCGCUACUUUUUUCGUUUACUUAAGGAGGCUUGUUCUGAACCUCCUUGCCGAGCAGGUGCCGGGGGUCAGUACGAUGUGCAGGAUUCACAACCUAGCCUAACCAUACACGCAAAUAACGUGUGAAAUUCUUCAGCUUCGUAGGUUUUCGUUUGUAAAUCCUAGCCUCCUUAGGGUUCCCCCCGUCUCUCUCCUGUCCUUUGUAAAACUCCCAUAGUAGAAUAAGUGUUCCCCUCCAAGAGGAAACGACGACGUCAUUUAUGCAGACUGGCCUGGAGGUGGAGACGAGGGAAGGAGUAUCUCAAUCUCACCAAAGUUAAGGCUCCUGCUUCUUGAGGAAAUCCACCUUCUCCAACUCCACCCAGUGUCCUCUACUUGGCAUAGUUCCCGUUUGAAUUCCUCUUUGUCAAAGGAACAAAAGGGGAGCCACCAAGAGCAAGAUUGUCUCGUCACGAGGAUGGAUUUCGAUUUCAUCCAUUUCCUCUGCAAGUAGUUCUACUUCUAACAAAUAUUACGGGAGACAACAACGAGGACAAAGAGGAUGACCCGUCUGACGGCGGGUCCAGACAAGGGGGAAGCAGCUGCGAAAAUGGAUUACACUGACGUGGAGUGGCAAGAGCUAGCUGACAGGCACUUGGCAGCAUUUCAGGAGAAGUACAUGAUAUGCAAAAACAGUGCCAAGCGCAGUCGAAUUGCGUUACGUCUUAACUCAGUUGCGGAGGUGAUGGCUCUCCAUAUGGAACAGUUGGCCAGGAGGGUGGGAAUUGCCAAGGAACUGGACGGGCAGCUUUAGGGUGCUGUGCUAUAGUAUCUAGUGCAAGAACUACCAUGUACUAGAUGUAGCUAGUAUAAAUAGAAAGACUCCUCUCCUCGAAUAUUUUUAAAGUAGAACUUCUACCUUGUUGAAGGCAUAAGAAGAUCAAGGGUAAGUCUAAGUUGAACACUACGACGUUCGGUCAAAGCCUUUCAAAUGGUCUAGAGAAGCUGUUCACGACGUUGAAGUUGACCAUUUGAAAGGCUUUGACUGUGCCUGUGGUAUCGCCGGUAUGACUAUCCCCCGGCUCUUGGCGAUCUGCUAAAGCUUGUGGUCCCACCAGGUGUGGAGGCUAAGCGGCGGCAUCCUAUCCUAUCCUAUGUUGCUGUUCUUCUGAAAAGUAGAAAUGCUAUUAAUCAUCAGCUCGACGAGGUUCUUUUUAGAUGAACAAGAACAAGAUGAAGAUAUUAUGACUCAUAUUUUUUCACGGCUUAAGUGAAAAGACGUGAGUCGUACAAGAGUUCCUCGGAUACGUAUUUAUUCUUAGUCCUCCCUGUUCACAAUACUUAUAUAUUAUAGUCGAGUAUGAGAAGUAUCUGAUCAUGUACUCACAGUUAUUUUUAGGGACAAUAUAUUUUAGGGACAAUGAUAAGUAAGUGAAUACAUGAAACAGCUCGCUCUUCCUCACCUCGUUUUUCUUUCCAUAUCAAUUUCGUUCCAUAAUUCUACUAAGAUAACGAUGAUCCUGGUGGAAAAUACAAUUUAAUUGUAUUUUCCACCAGGGUCAUCGUUAUCUUCGUAUAUCAAGGACAACACACGGACGAGUACUGUUUACGCCUACAACAUUUUAGCAGGGACCGACGCCUACAGCGAUCUCCCUCAGCUAGCUCAAAUUUGAACUCACUCUGAGUAGUUGGCUCUAUUCUAUCUAAUCUACCUGUUAUUUGUUCUUAUAGCUGAUACUGAGUAGUUGGCUCUAUUUUACUCUAAUCUACCAACGCGAUCGCGGAAUUGACGAAGGAGGUGAGGGAUGCUAGUGAAAAGUGUGCUCAACACACAAAACAAGCCAAGUUAAGGCGAAGGCGCUACCGCUGUUGCUGAAGCAUGUCUUUCUACCCAGUGCAUGUCCAGUCCUAGUCCUUAGAAGUAUCAUGACAGAAGAUCCUUGGAAGAAAAUGGAGAACUACCUUGGAUAUUUCCCGUUGGUAUAUAAGUAGUUAGACCAAGAAUAUACAUUGGAGAAAAUUCAACUAAGGACUGCAAAAAUCCGGACGAAAUUCAAUCCCUCCGGGCAUGACGCGAAUCCGCAGAAUACUCGCCGCCUACUGCGCUCCCUUCUGGAAAACCCCCACCCAGUUGCGAGCCAAGAACCUCGGGCACCCUCCAAAUCCCCGCGCCCCUCCAGAAUCCCCCAGCACACAUUUGCAGGCUGGUGCGGUGGACUCUGGAGGGGCGCGGGGAAUCACAUGAAACGAAACCAAAAGACAGAAAAACCAAGAGGAAGCAAGUGGCAAAAGCCGCUAAGCGGAGCACUUCCAGGACGAGGAGGCGGCAAUCAAGACCGUUGCUGUGCAGUUCUUAGUUGACUUAGCGCCAUUAUAAAAAUCUGAGGCGUCCUCACGUCAUGACGUGACAUGUCGCGACUAUCAUCAACACCAACAUCCUAACGGUCACGUUGUUCUCUUUCGUCUCUCCGUAGAAGUAGGAAGAGUUGAAGUUCUUCUAUUUCGACUUGUAAAAAAGAAGCAAGCAAGGGACACUUGUAAGUAGCUGAAGGAUCCUUGAUGGACGUUGUUCUUUUUCGACUUGUGAAAAAGAAGCAAGCAAGGGACACUUGUAAGUAGCUGAAGGAUCCUUGAUGGACGUUGUUCUUUUUCGACUUGUGAAAAAGAAGCAAGCAAGGGACACUUUUUUGUAGCUGAAGGAUCCUUGAUGGACGUUGUUCUUUUUCGACUUGUGAAAAAGAAGCAAGCAAGGGACACUCGUAGAAGCUGAAGGACCCUUGAUGGACGUUGUUCCUUUUCUACUUGUUGAAAAGUGAGCAAGAUACCAAGAAGGAUCGACCAGAAGCCUUCUAUCGAGGACUGCUCUCAGGCAAGCGACAUGCGAACGACCUCAGGAACGCUCUAAACCUCGCCGAUGCCAGCGCCCCUCUUGGCCCCUGUUAAGGCGACUCGCCAUCAUGUAGACACCCACGGCCCCAUGUAGGAGGAUCCAUUCAUAGCCUAACCUCAUAGGUGACCUAACCUGUAGUCCUCACCUGUAGUAGCCUCACGCAGUGAAGGCCUCGCAACGUUGUAUGAUCGUCAAGAUUGAUAAAUAUUCUCUCCUACGUCGAGUAGUGACACGUUCCUACCGAAAAAGAAAGCGCCGCCUGCUAGAGCAGUCGGGCUACCGCGCUUCGCAUCCUUUAUUCUAUGAAGAAGAAGAGAAGCGCGGCUCCUGGCUUCAGCACCUUUUGCUGAUUACCUUUUUACUGAUGCUCAGGUCUUCGCGAGGAUCUAACUCUGUCCAGAAUUGGUGGUCAGCGAGGAGUUGUGGAGCAAUCAGCAUCUGCACCUUCCUACUGUGGUGGAACUUGGCUCCGGUCCGAAUCAUGCGUUUUCGUUCCUGCAGUCCUCGUUAUGAAGGCCGACAUGUUGACAGUCUGUCAAACUCAGGAUAGUGCGUCCGACAAGAACUUAGAAGAGUGUUUUAGUUUUCACUUACUAGGAGAACAAGGUGGAGAUCAUACAGCUUCGAAGUGUUUGCAUUUGUCACAUUCAAUUAGAAGACUGCGACUGAAUCAGAAACAGGAGUAAAGGCCAACCACUUUUCCUACACUCGUUUGCGAAAGUAUUGCGUCUCAUCCAAGUAAUCCGUCUCGAACUUGCUCUGGGCGAUUUUUGAUCAAAUCGUCGAUGGUGGGUCACCAUGAUCAAUUAUCUUUAGCGCCAUCGUCAUCAACUAUCGUCAUCAGCAUUAAUAUCACCGGCACCAUCAGCAUCACGAUCGCCAUCAGCAUCGCCAUCAGCAUCAUCACCAGCAUCAUCAUCACCAUCAUCAUCACCACCACCACCAGAGUCAUCACCAGCACCAUCACCCGUUCCAUCAUCAGCACCAGCAUCAUCAGCAGCACCAUCACCACCACCACCAGAAUCGUCAGCAUGUCACCAUCAGCACCACCACCAGCAUCACCGUCGGCGCGUCAUCCUCAGCAUUCAGCACCACCAUCAGGAUCGCCAGCGUGUCACCAUCAGCACUAUCGCCGGCAUGUCAUCGUCAGCAUUCGCCACCAGCACCACAACCAGCCUCAGCAGCAUCAUCAUCAGCACCGCCACCGGCAUCAUCAUCAUCAACAUCAUCAUCAGCAUCAUCACCAUCAGCAUCAUCACCAUCAGCACCACCAUCAGCAUCACCAUCAUCACCAUCAUCACCAUCAUCAUCACCGCCAUCACCGCCAUCACCAUCAUCAUCAUCACCGCCAUCAUCAUCAUCAGCAUCAUCAGCAUCAUCAUCAUCAUCAUCAUCACCAUCACCAUAGCAUCAGCAUCGCCACCAGCGUCAUCAUUAGCAUCAGAAUCAUCAUCAGCACCAUCAUCAGCACCAUCAUCAGCACCAUCAUCAGCAUCAUCACCAGCACCAUCCUCAGCAUCACCAUCAGCAUCAUCACCAGCACCGUCAAAAUUAUUGGCUUAGAAGUGGUUUAGGUUUAGGCGGCGCGGUUUGCCUGUCUGUCAUUUAUCGCGGAGUAAAUAGAAAAGGGAAGAAAGGCUGAUGUUGACAUGAGUUGCGAAGUGUGGCGAGUGGGUGUGGCUAGUGAAAGUGCAGUAGUAUCUACACUCCAUGAUAUUAGAACUUCUACCAUGCAUAGUAGUUGUAGUCUAGUACCAUACUAUUGCUGCGGUGAGUUUGUCCUUCUUUCAUUAUUUGGGACUACAACAAGGACGCACCAGCUGCAGACGCAUCCUGCUCUCGAUGUCGUAUCUCCAGCAUUUUUAGCAAGUGCACAAGAAGUCCUGAACAUUACCACGCCGCUCCCUUCCUCCUUUUUACAUACAUUGGCCGAUGCUGCACCCAUAAAACCAGACAGCACCACUACUGCAAUUACGAUGAUACCCCAUUGAAGCCGUAUUAAUACAAAGAAAUGCGUGUAUUUGCAAAAGAUCUAGAACUCUAGAGUCAGCUUUGUUUUCAACAUAAGUAGUUUCCCUUGGAGGACGAGAAUAUAGUUCCUAAAUUUUUUAGUUUCUUACUGGGUGCUCCUGUGGCUUCUUCACGAUACAUAAUGAAACUCGAAGAAAAUAUUGACGUUUGGACUAAAAAAAUAUUGACGUUCUGUACGAAUAGUGUGUCAGCAGGUGGUGCUGGUGUAGCUCGAGGUGCACGGCAGGAGGCACAGCCCAAUAGCCAUCCUCGUAGCAAGAUGUGCAGGACCCACAACGUCAAGCAUUCUUUAUUUUCAUCUUCUAAUAACAUCAAUUUACUCGCGCAAAAAUACAUCGAUUUGCAUGUAGAGACGCGAGAAAAGGUGAAAACGAUAGAUGCGAGAGAGUACGAAGACCCGACUCACGCGAACGUGUUGAACAUGCUUAAUUUUCUACGCGUUGUGCGGAGUGGUUAAGGCUACCGCAGCUGACGCAUUCUCAGCGCCCUUGCUGCUUGGCCUCUCUUUGAACAAGGGAAAAAAAGGCUCAAGGAUGGGCUCAGGGGUGCGUCGACGCGGUAACUCUAACUUUCCGGAGCUGCAGCAACUGCAUCUGCUCGCAUCGCGACGACUCUCUUUAACAAAGUUCGCGGAGAUCUAUUAGGAAGAGAUCUACUUCCACUUCCUUUAGAAGAGAAAUAAUUUCAUCGCUACAACUUAAGAUGUAGAGUAAGAUUAUAUUCAACAUGUAGAUCUUAAAUGACACAAUCGAAAUCUUAAAUAGCACGUCUUAGAUGAUCAUCUUGUUCAAUACUUAUCUACAUCUAGUUCUAAGCAAAAGUCGCGCGGCCAAGGCUGAAGAGGAUGCUGAUGGUGAUGGAGCGAAUCCUCCGGAGGCACUACCAGAAGCUGAGAGUACCACUGAAAGCUUAUUGAUGUCCGUUGAGUAUUUAUUCAAGAAGAGUAACAUGCUCACUCCGUUGGGUACUUAUUCAAGAAGAGUAACAUGAUGAGCAUUGAAUUAAGAGCGAUCACUAGAUGAGAUGAAGUAGUAGCUGUACUAAGAUCAUGAAUGCAUAUUUAUUUACUUCCUUAAUACAACCUGUUCUUUCUUGAAGUAGAUGAUUUACUUGUUUUUAGUAGUGCUGCGUACUAGACGCACACGCACUGCAAUGGAAUGAACAACAAGAGGGCAAUGAACAAGUUGCCCUCCUGUGUUCGACGUCAUGUAUUCGAAAACUCCAAAUAACCGAGUUACUGACUGAAAUAGGGGAGGCACUAGCCUAACAUCAAGGCUACUCUUUGUAUUGCGACAAAGUCUGCCAUCUCUUACCGAGUAGCUUUACCCUGUUCGCCUAACGAGAACGAGGGCGACGAGGAUUUAAGAGUAAGAAGCUGGAGAGGCUUGAGAAAGUAGGAGCGUGCCCCAAUAUGGCACGACUCCACCCAUGACACUCCAACAAUGAGACCACUGAGACCACCGCUCACCUUUGCAGGGCCGGCCUUUGAGCUACUUUGUUAGUAUUAUCCACACUCCCCCGGGCAUAAUGGGCACUCCUACAUAGGGGAGAUGACGAGGCUCCUCCCCUCUUCCUUCUCGUCAGUAUCUCGACGGCUAUUCUGGCCUUAUUUCAGUUUUUCGAAUACUAUGUUCUUGGCUAGAUGAAGAUGUUCAUGAAAAACCUGGGGAUCUCUGUAUGUAUCUCUUAGGAAAUAUAAUACUCAUUUGCAUUUUAGUAAAAAGAAGAAAUAAGUACUAAGUCUCUAAGAUUCUAAGGCCCUCCAGAUCAUAUUAGCAUGUUGAUCGUGUACAUCUUUACACACCACCGCACCAGAUCUAGAUGAUUGGCCGCUGGCGAAGAUGAAAUUUUUCUUCACUGACCUCACUGACCCGAGGCCGAUCGUCAUCAAGUGGAGGUUGUUGGAUGUCUGUGUUAAGGCUUCUACAAGUUUGUAGAUGGUAAAGUGGGGAGAACUAAUACUUGACGUUGAUAAAGAAAAAAAUAUAUCUAUUAGGCGGCUCACGUGGUAAAGCAUGAUAUUGAAUGUUAUGCAAUUUAACGAGAGAUCAGACUUUGUAUGUGUUCUACUGCUCGUGAGUCUUACUCGUAUCGCUCCUAAAGAAUUACAUCUUCAUUUUCUUCACGAGUUGCCGCUGGUUUCGUUACGAGUGAUCAUUUCGUCUCCCUGCUCAGGGAAUCGGUGAGCUGGGACAUGCCAAUCCUGGGGUUAUCUGUGAUCGCUUAGAGGGUGGCGCCUCUGAGCGUGAGAUGCCGGGUGGCCUGAUCGCAGGGGGUGCUCAUGAUCAGGUCCCUGACCCUCCCUGCCCGUCGUGGGUAAGCUCAUCGGCUUGCUUUCUUUCUAUCAGUUACUACCUCCGAUCAUGGCCCUACCCCUUCCCCUCUGUCCUCCUUAUCCUUCUUCCCAUUCACCAAACUUUAGGAUGCGUUCGAGUGUAUUAGAUUAGUGUUAAGUUAAGGACCUAAUAAAGAUUAACUAAUCCACUAUCGUCUAGAACAACUGCAUUAUUAGGCGGCUACAAGUUAAUGAAUUAUGAUUCAUUUAACGCACUUCUUGAGAUUGACUUAUACUGGUGCACGAUCUACAACGUGCUAGUCAACUUCUUCAUCAUUCUUCUUAUUUUUUUUAGGCGGCUACAAGAAGAACGCGCAUUCGGUGGCUCUAAUUAUGGGUUACUUUUGAACCGAGGCGACUUCUUCGAGAGGUGGUUCUGGCCGGAGAACUCCAAGGCAGAAGAACCAAGCUUGGAGUUGAACAGUAAUGCACAGGACUAUCAAAGCGACGCGUUCAUGCUUACUUUCCAUAAAUUUUACGGCUUCCUUUAACGGUCUAUCUUCAACAGAGAAGUCAUCCUAGAAGAGGUGUUGCUUGGGGAAACGGAAACACAGUCUCAGGAUGGACUUGGAGAUCAUGGAUUAGGGUGAGCGCUAAAAAGUGUUUCAAGCUCGCCAAGCAGUGGUGGAUGCUCACACGCGCGAAAUUGUUAAGGCUUCGUCCGCUAAUCCUAAGAACAGGAUGCAUCUUCCCAAUGCAGAUACACUCUCUACCUACAGUACAGAAGAUACAUUCUCUACCUAGACCUACAGUACAGAAGAUACAUUCUCUACCUAGACCUACAGUACAGAAGAUACAUUCUCUACCUGCAGUGCAGAAGAUACAUUCUCUACCUGCUGUGCAGAAGAUACAUUCUCUACCUGCAAUGCAGAAGAUACAUUCUCUGCCUGCAGUGCAGAAGAUACAUUCUCUACCUGCAACGCAGAUGCGUUUACUUCUGGAAGUAA